AUGAAACCUCCCCUGGCUAUUCUGACGCUCCAUCUUCUGGUUUCUCUGGUAGACGUCUGCUCUGGAACACUGCGAGAUGUUGUUUUUGUUCUGGACAAAUCAGGAAGUGUCCAGCAGGACGAUUUCGAUGAAGCGGUAGACUUUGUUUACAAUGUGACAAAAUGGCUGACUAUUGGACCGUCCAACAUUCAGGUGUCUGCAGUCACGUUCUCCACAUACGUCCAGACAAAGUUUGACUUGAACUCCUACUCUACCAACACAAGUUUACUGGACGCCAUUUCCAACUUAAAGUCCGAAUCCACAGGAGGGGGGACCUACACGUUUAGCGCCCUCGACCAUGUUAGAACGAAUGUCCUUACAUCUUCAGGAGGUGCCCGGGCGGGGGUUCCUAAAGCUGUGGUGGUGCUGACAGACGGUCUGUCCGCCAAUAGUAUCUUGACGAAGGAAAGGGCAGCGGAACUUCACGCCGAUAAUGUAGAGGUGUACGCUAUAGGGAUUGGUAAUGCCGCGGCAUCUACCAACACGGAGUUAUCAGACAUUGCUAGCGACCCAGACUCCGAGUAUCUACAAACUGUGGAUAUGUUCCAGUACCUUUGUGCUCUUGUUCCAGAACUUGUCCCUAAGUUAGAUAACGAGACCCUGAAUUCAGAUUUUUUCCGUUGUCCCACCCCUGCUCCCACCACUCCCAGAACUUUAACGUUCCUAAAUAAAACCAGUGGCAGUGAAGAUUCUACAUCAACAGAUGGCGGCUCAUCCACCGCGGGAGCAGUCGGUGGCGCGGUAGGCGCCGUGGCCGGAGUGGGAAUAGCGGCGGCGGCUGCGUAUGGAGCCGUGCAGUACGCGAACUUACUGAGGAAUAAGGCCCUUUCUGUGGAGUCCAUAGUAUCACAAUAUAAAGAGGCACCCCUUGGUCAGAGUAACACCAAAUUCCGUCCUGUCGAAUUUCAGAACAAUGAAAUCUUCAAUAUUAACAGUGUAGAUGCUAUAAUACCCUCCGCACCACCCAUCACAACCGUAUAGUU